CCAAGUACGUAUUAUUACGAGUACACGACGAACGAGGCUGUCGAGUCAUGAGGAAACGCCCACCCCCCUCUUUCGACCCCCCUUUCAAAUAAAAUUAUAACAUCGGUGUGUAAUACCGAAUCGUCGAUAGUUAUACGCGUGUUUAACGAACGAAUGACAAGUGAAUGCAUGCUCGACAGAAUUUUCACACUUUUCACACGCCUGAGCGUAAAAACAAAAAUUAAUCGUCGUCAACGUUUCAUAUUAAUAGUAGUAACAAUGCGUUUAAAUUGAGUUACAAUAAUAAACUGAAAUAUUUGACGAGAAAAGGAUUGAAAGCACAAGAGGAACAGUAAAAAUUGUUUAAAAAAUGAGCAACCGGGAGCCUUGUACGACCACGACGACGACUACGAUGCCGAGUGUUUGUUACUUCUGCAAUGAGCCAAUCAAAGAGAGAUAUUUGCCUGAACACGUGCAAUUUUGUGGAGCCGUUCUCGUGGAGUGUCCUGAAAAAUGUGGCUCUUACGUACCACGUAAAAAUUUUCGAUUACAUCAAAGAUAUUGUCGAAAACGAAUUUAUGAAAGCAAUCUUUUACCAGGAACGAGCCCAGCGUUAGCACAAUCACCCGAUUCGGCCAGGUGGAAUAGUGUCCCUCGAUCGAGCAGAAUAACGACGAGUAACGAAGCAACGUGGAAAGAAAACGUGGAUAAGACUCUGAUAUCGUUGCGGUCAUCGUUGGCCUCAGCCAACGCUGCCUCAGCCUCAGCUGAGGCAGACCGGAAUAUGCUGAUGCAUAACGCAUCGGUGACAUCGAGACGUUUCGAAAAAGAGGAAAAAUCACUCGCGGCAUUGAGACAAUUGACGUGUCGAGGACUCGAUGAAAUUCGUCAGGAAAACUCGGCUAUCGAGAAUCGAAUUAGAAAUCUCGAUGCUGCGAUGCUACAAAUGGAAAAAGUAAUGUUUCGCAAUUUUGGCGCGAUCUCGUCGAGAUUUGAGACAUUGCAGAACAGUGUUGUGUCACUGCAGGAGAAGAUUCAAAUAAUGAAGGAUGAUGGCGGGGUUGCGAUUAAGUAUGGAGAGCAGAACGAGUUGCUACUGAAAGUCGACGAUUUGACGAAAUUCGUCGUGAAAGAAAGCGCGAUCGUUCGCGACCUGUGGGACGAACAAUCGAAACGUUGCAACGAUCUCAAGCUCGAGCUCGAGAUAAGAUGUAAAAUAUCGAAAGAGUUGGAGAAGACGCAAAAUCUGUUGUCGGAAAAAAUAGAAAUCGUCGUUACUGAGAUUCGUAGGCGAGCCAACGAAAUAAUGGAGCUUAAGGACAGCUUAAAAAAAAUGAAAUCACAAUCGAAACGAAUGAUGGAGCUGUUGGAGGAUCUCGUUCUUGAGAAAGACGAGUAUUUAUUGGGUGAAAUGGAAAAACGAGAAAAGGCAGCUGUCCCUCCGAGUUACCACGUAGCAGCAGCAGCAGCAGUAACGACCGGACGACUAUUGUGGCGUAUCGAUCGGUACAAAGAAAAAAUGAACGAUGCCAAAGAAAAGGAUACGAUCACUCAGAGUCCUGUUUUCUAUAGCAAAGACUACGGAUACGCACUGAGAAUGGAAUUAUUGAUGAAUGGGAGGCGUCAAUGGACGGGUAGACACCUCAUUGGUUGUCUGCGCGUAGUUCCGGGGGAAUGGGAUCCGCUUCUCGAUUGGCCGUGUAUUUUACGAGCGACCGUAACCCUUCGCGAUCAAGAAAAUCCCGCUAAUGAUGUACGAAAAAUAGUGAAAACCAAGUCGCACGGUUUCGACGAAAAUAAUGAUUGUUACGACAAAGACUCCGGCUUCGAUAUGUUUAUACCACAUUCGACGCUUACAAGAUGCACCGGGCUCACGAAAAAUGAUGUUAUUUUUCUCGAUAUAAAGAUUACCGAUUUGAGCACGAGUCAAUCGGCCUCGUCGGUCGUUCAAUCCUGAACGGGUCGGUCUACUAGCCUUUCAUCGCGCAGCAUCCCCGGUAUACAUUUCUCAAAAGCUGUAUCGGUGCAAUCUGACACUAAAUAAAGACUUUAUCGUCUAAUUAAAUAGUACCAAGAUUUUUUUUUCAUCCAUGCUUUCAUUUUUUGUUUUAUUGCAAAACUAUAGCU